GCAUGAACCAAUCACAGGGCGCAGCCGCCCGGAAGUAGGAUGAGGGAUUCAGAUUCCCAAAACAUCUUGACACCCUGAUCAGCUACAACGAUACGUUUUCUAGUGAUACAACCUACUAUAUUUAUUGACCUUCAACAAAACAUGAAUUAACUUACAGGUUUUUCUCUGCUUGCAAGCUUUACUUGACCACUUAUGAUGAUGUCAUCAGCCUGUGGUACAGGAGUAUCUGCAGGUGGAGGAGGAAGUGUUGCCAUGGAAACAUCAAACUUCGCCCAUGUCAUAUUCCAGAAUGUUGGAAAAAGCUUCCUCCCGCAGGCAGCACUUGAAUGUCAUUACACACUCACAUCUUUCAUAACCCCACAUCCUAAAGAUUGGAUUGGCAUCUUUAAGGUGGGUUGGAGCAGCGCGAGAGACUACUACACGUUCCUCUGGUCUCCUAUGCCUGAAAACUACACUGAAGGAUCCACUGUUGACCGAACCAUCAUCUUUCAGGGUUAUUACGUUCCACGUAGUGAUGGUGAGUUUUAUCAGUUCUGCUACGUCACACAUACUGGUGAAAUCAGAGGUGCGAGCACACCAUUCCAGUUUCGCCCGGCUACGCCUACUGGGGAGGAGUUACUUACAGUGGAGGAUGAUGGGAAUUCAGACAUACUGGUUGUAACGACAAAGACCGGACUACUUGAGCAGCGUGUAGAGGAAGUCCAACAAGAAUGCAAGGAACUGCAGAAAGCUCUUCGCCUCCUCACACAGGAGAGAGAUCAGCUACAGGAAAAGCAGAGAAUCCAGAACCAGGAGCUGCAGAAAGGCCUGUGUGAGGAAAAGGAGGCAGCCCAGGCCAAAGUGAGACAGCUUGAACAGGACCUGUUAGAAAUUACACAAAAAGCAGUCCUUAAAGAGACUGAACUUGACUGCUUGAGAGACCGGCUGCAAAAGGUGAUUUCUGAGAGGGACAGUCUGCAAACUCAGCUGAAGAAAGAGAGAGAUGAGAGGGAACUUUAUAAAUCUCACGUGCGUAGCGCGGAACUGGAGAACACUAAACUCAGCGCCGAGCUGCAGAUGUUAAAGGCGAUGGAACUGAACAGAGAAGUCACCAUCGCACAGUACCAGGAGGAACUACAUCGACUCCGCACAGAGAGAGACACACACUCCACUGAUGCUGGUCUCAAAGAGCAGCUGCGUCAGGCUGAGGAGCAACUUCAGGCCACGCGACAGCAGGUUGCCAUGUUGGGCUCUGAGUUGCGUGAUGCCUCCGGUGGGCGAGAUCGCACAAUGACAGAGUUGUACCGUGCACGUCAAGAGACCGUAGACCUACAAACUCGUUUAACUGAAGCCCAAGAAGAGUGCAAACACGCCCAGAAUCAGCUGGAUAGGAUGAGAAACCAGGCAUUACAGGACACGGUCAGGACUGGUGGGGUAGUGGGCGUGGGCUCUGAAUUGGAGGCGGAGCUACAGAAAGAGGUAGAGGAACUCAGGUUGCGUCUAAAUAUGGCUGCAGAGCACUACAAAGAGAAAUACAGAGAGUGUCAACGUUUACGAAGACAGGUCGUCAAACUAACCCAACAACAGGAGGCACAACAGGUAGACUUUAACAGGAAUGAUGCUUCUACCGAGACCACACAGGAGCUCCACACCCCGGAUGCAGAGAUGCCUCCCGCAGUGAAGAUGCAUGCUGAAAAACAGAAGAAUGGUGAUGAAAAAGAAGAUGAAGAAGAAGAAGAGGAGGAGGAGGAUGAUGAUGAAGAAGAAGAUGAAGAUGAGGAAGAGUGUAGUGGGUCAGUAGAGGCUGAGCUUGCAUGCAUGGAGGAGAAAUGGAGAGAACAGUGCACCAUCAAUGAAAACCUAAAGCUCCAGCUAGCAAAUGAGGAGAAGAGGUUUAAGGCUCAUGUGACAGAGAAAGACAGAGAGGUAUCAGCAUUAAGAGAGAGUCUUGUGGUGGUGACCAAAGAAAAGGAGAGAUUGGAAGAGGAGCUGCGGAAGUGUAUGAACCGAGGGGAAGCAGCAGGUGGUCGGAGAUCGGAGCCCAGGGAGCUGGUGUUUCUUCGUUACCCACUGCCCUACCGGCAAGAUCCACCCCCAAUUCCACUUGUGCCACAGCAACCUGCUGAACUGCAGUAUGGAAACCCCUAUUUAGAGCAGGAGACCCGUGACGGAGCAGAUGGGGCGUUAUCUCCGGAACAAACCUGUCGGCCCCCUCUUUUGGCACCGCUGCCGUGGGGCGGUCCUGUAGUCUGCAGUCAACCAUCACGGAGUCUCAGCCCCCCUGACGGACUGGAGAACCCUGCUGAGGAGCGGACUAAUGAAGCUGAUGGCGAGGCCCCGGAAGUUUGUGAACAUCAGAGCCCGGAAUCCGACGAGAGCCACGCUAGCUUCUGUUUUGACACCAGAGCUGACGUCCAUAAGCAAUGUCCUCUCUGUGAGGUCAUCUUCCCACCACACUUUGAGCAGAGCAGUUUUGAACAGCACGUCGAGUCUCACUGGAGAGUGUGUCCCGUCUGCAGCGAACAGUUUCCUCUGGACUGCCAACAGCAGCUCUACGAGAAGCACGUGCACACACACUUCGACGGCAACGUUCUCAAUUUCGACAACCUUGAUGAUUAGAUAAUUUUUUUGGCGGUUAAAUUAAAACACAUCAGGUUAUGGAGAGUCUUGGCUAGAAGGGAUACAGCUACGACCUAAACCUCGCCAGAUGUUUGGGUUUAAAACCGCGCUCAUUUGGUGAGAUUUCUGUGUUUGCUGUAUCCCUUCUAGCCACAACCGUGAUGAGGGCCUUCGGUGUUUUGUUGAACACGCGCUAAUGAUGUUGCUUUGUUGUAACAGCUGCGAAAUAACUUGUGUCGGGAAGAUUCACCAAUCAGAAUAUUUAAUUUGCACAUAGAUGAUUAUUAUUAUUUAGAUAUUUAAACUUUUAAAGAGACAGAUAAGUUGUAUUAUAUUGUCUACAGGUGGAAUAGAUAUGUAAAAAAAAUACAAAAUUACUUUUUUUAGUUUAAAUGGUGGUGUACCACUGUAAAUCUAAUGCUUUAAAAUGAGUUGUGUUUGCAAGCUUUAGUGGCUUUAGGUUAUGACAAUUGUUUAAUAAAUUAAAAUAUUUAUUUAAAAAAUUAUUUAAAUUUAAGACUUUUAAAGGACCAGUGAUGCAAUGAUGUUCGUUUUAUGUGACCGAAAAGAGAAAGCCAUCAUAAAUAAACCCUCAAUCCUAAACAGCCCUGAAUUAAAACAUAAUCUCAAGAGCAUUGAAGCAUUUCUUUAUGAGCUACUAAUAUACUAAUUUAAAGGGACGGUUCACCCAAAAAUGAAAAUUCCACCACAUGACAUUCUCUCUUGUGUCUUAUAUAUAUAUAUAGUUAAAGGCAUAGUUCAUCCAAAAAUAUUUUUAUUGGGUCAAAAUAUACCCACCCUCACAAUGGGUCUCAUUCACUAAGCAUGUGUACGCACAAAUUUAUUCGUAAAAUGUACGUACGGACGUUUUAACUUACAAAAUCAUGAUUCAACAAAAAAUUUCAUACUAAAAUGUAUUUUAAAUGUAUGCAAAAACGUAAGAACAACUUGGACCACUCGUACGCAAUAAUAUAUAAAAAUAUAUAAAAUAAUAAUAUAUAAAAAAUGUAUAAAAUAUAUAACACAGAUAUAUUUAUUAUAGGGUUAUUUUUAUUAUUUUAUUUUAUUAUUAUUGUGCACGUGGUCUAAGUUGUAAGUUUUUGCAAACAUUUAAAAGAGAUUUUAGUAUGAACGUUUUUGUUGAAUCAUGAUUUGUAAGUUAAAACGUCUGUACGCACAUUUUACGAAAAAAAUUGUGCGUACACGUGCUUGGUGAAUGUGACCCAUUCUUCCAAACCUAUAUAAAUGUUUUUGUUCUGCUGAACACAACGGAAGAUAUUUGUAAUCAAGAAAAACAGGAGCACCAUUGACUUCCAUAGUAGGAGAAACAAAUACUAUGGAAGUCAAUGGUGCUCAUAAUCACUUUGGCUACUAAAAUUCAGCAG